GUUCACCGCCAGACCUCACGACGGCGACAAGCUAUAUACCAUGAUGCGAAAGGACCGGCGCCGGAAGUUUAAGCUGGCUAGGAAUACAUUGCUACAUGACUACUUACCCGAAAGCUAGGUGGCGUUGACAACAUAAGUUAUAGUCAUGGCUACUGGAGCUGACGUGAGGGACAUUCUGGAGUUGACAGGAGGGGACAAUGAUGCUCCCAUCAGUAAGAAGGAUUUCAUCAACUCGGAAAAGAAAAAAGCCAAGAAGACAACAGAAGCGCUGACCUUCAAGAGACCAGAGGGAAUGCACCGGGAGGUCUAUGCGCUGCUCUACUCAGAUAAAAAAGAUGCGCCGCCUCUGUUGCCUAGCGAUACAACUCAGGGCUACAGGACCGUCAAGGCCAAGUUGGGCUGUAAAAAGGUGCGUCCCUGGAAGUGGAUGCCCUUCUCGAAUCCUGCCCGCAAAGAUGGAGCCAUAUUCCAUCACUGGAGACGCACAGCCGAGGAGGGCAAAGACUAUCCUUUUGCACGCUUCAACAAGACGGUGCAGGUGCCGGUGUACUCGGAGCAGGAGUAUCAGUUGUAUCUCCAUGACGACGGCUGGACCAAAGCGGAGACGGACCACCUCUUUGACCUGUGCAAGCGCUUCGACCUGCGCUUUGUGGUGGUCCACGACCGCUACGACCACCAGCAGUACAGGAAGCGCUCAGUGGAAGACCUGAAAGAGCGAUACUAUUGCAUUUGCGGCAAGCUGAUGAAGGUGCGCGCAGCAUCGGGGGCGGAGCCAAAGAUCUACAUAUUUGAUGCUGGCCACGAGAGGCGCAGGAAAGAACAGCUGGAUAAGCUGUUCAACCGCACACCUGAGCAGGUGGCGGAAGAGGAGUAUCUGACCACAGAGCUACGGAAGAUCGAGGGCAGAAAGAAAGAGCGGGAAAAGAAGGCCCAGGACCUGCAGAAACUCAUCAAGGCCGCAGACACCAACACAGAGUUGAGGCGUGCGGAGAAGCGGGUUUCUAAGAAGAAGCUCCCACAGAAAAGAGAAACAGAGAAGCCGGCCGUUCCAGAGACAGCAGGCAUCAAAUUCCCAGACUUCAAGUCUGCAGGUGUCACACUCCGCAGCCAGAGGAUGAAGCUUCCUAGCUCUGUAGGGCAGAAGAAGAUUAAAGCCAUUGAGCAGAUCCUGACGGAACAAGGAGUGGACCUCAACCCCAUGACCACGGAGGAGAUCGUGCAGAUGUUCAACGAGCUGCGCAGCGACCUGGUGCUGGUCUACGAGCUGAAGCAGGCGCUCAGCAACUGUGAGUACGAGCAGCAGAUGCUGCGGCACCGGUACGAGGCCCUGCUGAAGGCUGGCGGCGGCGGCGGCGGCGGUGGCGGCUUCCAGGGGGUCGUGACGGUGUCCACGCCCCAGGCGGCGGAGCCCAACGUGGGCAACAGCGGCAGCGUCACGCCGUGCACCCCCGGAGGAGAUGCCCUGGCCUGGCCCGGCCUCAUGGACGACAUCAAGGUGGAGGCCAAGGAGCAG